AUGGCGUCCACCGCUGCUUCAAGAAGUGGAAAGAGACAUAAAUGGUCCCUGGAUUUUUCAAACAGAAAUGACCCAUCAUGGCGACCACCAGAUGUAGCAUCUCCAAUUGGCUAUUUAGACAAGACGAUAACAGAUCCUGAUUCUCGAGUAUCAGACGCAGCCUUAGUCGCCAAGAAAGCAUGGGAUGUUGCUACAUCACCAUUGAAACAGCUACCGAUGAAUCUUUUCAUUAUGUGGAUGUCUGGUGAUUCUAUUUCAAUAUUUCCAGUCAUGAUGGUUGGAAUGAUGCUCUUUCGACCAAUUAAAGCCAUCUUAUCCAUUAACUCCAUUACAGAGAAUUUUGAAGGAAGCCAGGUUGUUGCUCAAAUGAUGGUUUAUGUUUUAUCCAAUAUACUCUCACUGGCAUUGGCGCUAUAUAAAUGUUCGUCUAUGGGAUUACUUCCCACUACUGACUCUGAUUGGUUGGCUUUCAUGCAACCUCCAAAGCAUUUGGAAUUUUCUGGAGGUGGCUAUAUACUCAGUUAAGACACUCUCAGUCGGCCUAUCAAAAAGUUACAUGGUCAUACAAACAUCGAGUUCAUGUCUUCAACUUGAGCAAUGGUUUUAGAUGUAAUCAGAUGCACGGUCUCCUAGUAAUUACCAUAAAAACCAUUGCGUGAUUUAUUUCCUUAUUACAAAUUCCGUAGUCUUUUGUUACAUAUCCCAUCUUAAAUGUAUCUAAACAUUAUCGACUUUCUGUUCUCUAUGAUGUAAAUGCAAGAUAAUAAUUAUUAAAAUAUCUAGCUUCUUUUGCCAGUC